UUUAAACAAAAAUUAUUAUUUUUUUACUUUUUAUUGAGUUUAUUAAAACACUUACUUAUUUUGAAAAUGUCCAUAACUUAAAGGUUGAAAAAAAAUGGAAUUAGUAGAGAUCAGACAAUAGACUCAUAGCAGAGGAUUAAAACAGAAAGAUCAUACAAAAGCUCUAAUUCACCAGACUCUAUUUAUUCAAUAUUAAGUCCAUUAAAUAUGGAUUAAAAACAACGCUACAAGCUCUAAAAGAAGUAUCCCGCUUGGUACUUAUAAAAAUUAGAGGAAAAAGAAUAUAUUUAAUCUAUGAAUAGCUCCAUUUAAAAGUUUAACCCAUAUGCAAGUACUAAAAGAGCUAAUUAGAGAGCUGAGUUAGAACCUUUAAAUGUAAGCACAAUCAUGAUGGAUAAUGAGAAAAAAGAGCCAACUAUUACUUAAGAAAAGAUUAAGAGGUUUUCAUAAAUGACAGAGGAAGAUAAGAUUAAUAAAAGGAGUUCCUAAACCCAAAUGUUGAGAAGCUUAGAGAAUUAUAAAAAUCCUCAAAUAACAAAACAAAUAGACAGGCAAAAAAAUAAAUUAGGUGAUAACUUUUCGUAACACACACUUACAAAAAAUGAAACUAAUUAACCUAAUAACAAAGAAUAUUAUGAUAAGAGCAAUUUCAAUUAAUUGAGCAAGAUAAAAUUAUUUAAUAGGCAUUAGGAUUUUAGUAAUAAAUUUAAAGAAGAUAGAUAACUCAAUAAUCAACUCGAAAAUACAGUUAAUUAAAAUCAAAAAUCAUUAGAUUUUUAUGAUGCCUAAAAGCAGCAGGUCCUUGACUUUAAGAGCGAUUAUUCAUAGUCCAGCUAAAUUAACAAAGGGCAGGUUUCGUCCUGCUUCGACUCUGAAUAAAUCGACCCGAUUGUGUUAGAAUGUAUUUAAAAUGGAGAUUGGAGAAGUUUAUUACCUGAUGACUUAAAGGACUCAUAAAUCAACAUGGAAGAUAUCUUUGAAAAUAACUUAGAUUAUUUUUUGCAUCUAAUCUGUUAAUGUGCUUGUUUUAAAUGUAAGUGUGGAUCUUGUAAAUGCGAAGCUGUUUAUAAGUUAAAGCUAAACUGCUUUAAGUAAUCCUCAUAUUUUAAAGAUUUUUAGCCUAAAAUUAGAUAUGAUAUCUAACCUCACAUUACAGACUAAAUUAGAUCCUUAAAAUAGACUGGACAAUAAUCAGUAAACAACACAACUACAAAUCAAAGAGAUUAUCAAUAGUAUAAAAUUGAGCAUUAAAAAUAAUUUCCUGCUAUAUAAAAAGAGCAUUUUAGAAGCUAAGCUCCAAUUAGUUAUCAUACAUCUUAUAAAUCGCAAUUCUAAAAUUGGGGUUAGGAUCAAGGCAAAUUAGAUUUUGAGUACUAAUACACAACUAGUAAUAAAAUUCGUUUCGAAGGACAAUCAAGUUAUCGCGAUCACUAUGGAAUUCCCUUCAAAACAUAAUAUCAAUAAACAUAAUAGAGAUUUCAUUAAAAUAAGACAACAUCACCUUACAGUAGAUUUGCUCCUUUUAUAGGAGAAACAAGCUAUAAUACUUACUUUAAACCAGCUGAUGAAAGCUAAAACAUAUUUUAAAAUAAAGAAAAUAAAUAAAAAGAAGUAGAUAUAACUCCAUCUUAUCUUGGAUAGUUUACGAGUCAAUAUUAGUUUAAUCAUUCAAAUAGAAAUUUACCUUUCGACUGCACUGUUAGAAAACUUAAGAGAUUAUGGUAAAAACAAUACCAAUAAAAUUAUUAAAAAUACUAAAAUAGUAAAAGCAAAAUAUGUCUAACUGAACCUAUUUGA